UCCAACUCAGUUUCUUUUCAUCUUUUGACAAAAUAAGGCAAAAUAAGCGUCACUCAAGAUGAAGUCCUUACUUUUUCUGGCGGUCGUGCUUUUGGCCACCUUAUCUUUGACAAAUUCCACGACCAUCUAUGAAGAAACUGACCGAAUCACCGAGGCCCUCAUGACGAAAAUGAAGGAUCAUCAGAAGCACCUCAGACCGCCGGGCAGUAUCACAAACAUCACGAUCGACAUGUACGUCCGAAAUAUUUUUACCAUGGACGCCGACGAACGAAAAUGGAAGGUUCAACUGACCUUCCGUCAGUCGUGGGAGGACGAAAGAUUGGCGUACACAACGUCGAUGGAAGGCAUGGACAGAAUAGCGUAUGGGAACCCAAAGGACAUCUGGACGCCUGAUUUGUUUUUCAGAGAUGAAAUUAGCUCCCACGAGCACGACACUUUCCACCCUAACAACCUCGUCUACAUUUAUCCUAAUGGAAAAGUGCUGUACUCAAAAAGGCUCACGGUGGAACUUUAUUGUCCCGUAGAUUUUAACCAGCAGAACUUUGUGUGUCCAAUUUCCUUAGCUUCCUACAUGUACACCAAGGACGAAAUGAACUUACACUGGAAGACUGAAGACCCUGUACAACUACCCAAAACGGUUUACAUGCCAAAGUUCAUCCUCAAUGGAGUCACCACCCAGACUUGUGAUGCCAAGACCACAAUUGGAAAGUGGAGCUGCAUCACUGCCCUGUUCAACAUUGGACAUAAGAUUUGUCACGAAUAAAGUUUAUGUUUUUUUUCUAACAAAUGUUCAGGAAUAUUAAAAUCUCUAAAAAAAUAAUUAAUUUCCUCACAGCGUUUAAAUGUAUUUGCGUUCUCUAAAAAUUAUUUGGGAAAUUUCCUAAAAAUAAACGACAAGUAAUUAAUUUACGAA